AUGUGCAUGAAGACGAACAAAUCUGCCCCUUUCCCGCUCCCUGUCGCUGUACGAGCAGCACAUCUGUCAUCAUCACCGCCCAACAAGUUGAGGUACCAAAUGAUUGGGGCUCGCCUGUUAAUAAUUGUUGAUAAUUAUAUAUGGGGAGCGGCAACUCAGCCAAAGAAAGUGUGGCAUUAUGUAAGCAAGAAAUGCGGUCAACGACAUGACCUUGAACGCUAUAACUUAUAUAUCAAACUACGACACUCGCGCAACACCAAAAUACACAGUACAGCUGUAGAAUUAUACUUCAAGGUUGGCUCAGACAUGGGACACAAGCAGCUUGCAUGGACAGAGCUUUGGUCCUUUUGGUUUCAGCCUUUGCCUUGGUGCGCUUCUCAUGCCAAGAUGUGUUUAUGGUGCAUGAUAGCUUCCAGUUUAGAAUGUCUCUUGGUAGAUUUCCAACAGUCCCCUGGGUGGUAUGGGGAGGGCAUUGAGAGUUCUACAGUGGUCUCUGAGGAUUUGUGA